AUGGCGAAGGCAGUUGAUAAGAAGUUUUGUUGGGAGAUAAAGAAUUUCUCCUCUUUGAACUCUGAGAGAUGUCAUUCUGUUCCAGUCGUGAUUGGUGACUGCAAAUGGCGUCUUGUUGCCUUUCCUAAGGGAUAUAAAGCAGAUUACCUUUCUUUGUAUUUAGAAGUUGCUGAUUUUAAAUCAUUGCCUUCUGGAUGGAGAAGAUACGUCAAAUUUCGUGCAUGUAUAGUAAAUCAGCUUUCGCAAGAACUCUCUGUACAACAAGAAACGCAGCGCUGGUUUGAUCAGAAUGCUCCCGGAUGGGGUUUUGAAAACAUGCUUCUACUUACCGAACUUAAUGCCAAAGAUGGUGGAUUUUUGGUAAAUGGACAAGUCAUGAUUGUUGCUGAAGUAGAAUUUCUUGAAGUUAUUGGCACACUAGAUGAAUCAGAGGAAAUUAUUAAGUCUAGUGAUUUAAUCAACAAGACUCAAGAGGUGGCUCAACAAGUGAAGGAAAUUAUUCAGCCUAAUGAUUUAAUCAACAAGACUCAAGAGGUGGCUCAACAAGUGAAGGAAAGCAUUGAUGUUAAUGGGUUUCAAGUUCUUCCUUCACAGGUAGAAUCUGUGAGACGUAUUUUUAAAAAACAUCCAGACAUUGCAGUAGGAUUCCAAGUAAAGAACCAACAUCUGAGGAAAACAUUCAUGAAUUUCCUUGUCAACGUAAUUGAGACGAUGUGCCAAUCUCUCCAGGAGCUCUCAAAUGAAGAUCUUGUGGAAGUAGACAUUGCGUUGACAUACUUGAAAGAUGCGGGAUUUAAGGUGGAUUGGUUAGAGAAGAAGCUGGACCAUGUGAAAGAAAAGAAGGAGAAAGAACAGUCUGGUUUGAUCAUACUCCAAGGAAUAGAGCAACAACUUCAUGAAUUGAUGCACAAGUGUGAGAAGAAGAAGUCAGAGGUUCUGUCCGUUGGAGCUCCUCUAAAGUUCGAUGAUGUUGUUUGA